AUGGGUCACGAAGAUGCUGUCUACCUUGCCAAGCUCGCUGAGCAGGCCGAGCGAUAUGAGGAGAUGGUCGAGAACAUGAAGAUUGUCGCCGGUGAGGACCGAGAUCUCACCGUCGAGGAGCGAAACCUUCUCUCCGUUGCCUACAAGAACGUCAUCGGCGCCCGCCGUGCCUCCUGGCGCAUAGUCACCUCUAUCGAGCAGAAGGAGGAGUCAAAGGGCAACUCUAGCCAGGUUACCCUCAUCAAGGAGUACCGACAGAAGAUCGAGGCCGAGCUUGCCAAGAUCUGCGAAGAUAUCCUCGAGGUCCUUGACCAGCACCUGAUCCCCUCUGCCAAGUCUGGCGAGUCCAAGGUUUUCUACCACAAGAUGAAGGGUGACUACCACCGUUACCUCGCCGAGUUCGCCAUUGGCGACCGUCGCAAGGACUCUGCCGACAAGUCCCUCGAGGCCUACAAGGCUGCUACUGAGGUUGCUCAGACCGAGCUUCCUCCCACCCACCCCAUCCGCCUUGGUCUCGCCCUCAACUUCUCCGUUUUCUACUACGAGAUCCUCAACGCUCCUGACCAGGCUUGCCACCUGGCUAAGCAGGCCUUCGAUGAUGCCAUUGCUGAGCUUGACACUCUGAGCGAGGAGAGCUACAAGGACUCUACGCUGAUCAUGCAACUGCUCCGAGACAACCUCACCCUCUGGACCUCUUCCGAGGCCGAGACCUCCGCUGCUGGUCAGGCUGAGGCUCCCAAGGAGGAUGCUCCUGCUGCUGCCACCGCUGAGGACGCCCCUGCUGCCCCUGCCGCGGCUGAGGAGCCCAAGGCCGAGUAA